CCCAUCUCUACGAAGAAGACACUAGAACAAAAAAGAGCGAUCAAAUAAUUCAUCACAUCAAUCUUUUUUCUUUUUAAUUAAUUAUUAGUCCGGGAUCAAUAUGCCUAUUAGCAGGAUCUCCGUCGGAACCGCCGAUGAAGUCCGCCACCCCAACACCUUAAAGGCGGGGUUGGCGGAGUUCAUCUCCACCCUUAUAUUUGUUUUCGCCGGUCAAGGUUCUGGUAUGGCUUUCGCCAAGCUUACCGCUGGAGCCGCUGCGACUCCAGCGGGGCUUGUGGCUGCUUCCAUUGCCCAUGCUUUUGCGCUUUUUGUUGCCGUGUCCGUCGGAGCUAACAUCUCCGGUGGACAUGUUAACCCUGCUGUGACUUUUGGUGCAUUUAUUGGUGGUAAUAUUUCUCUUCUUAAUGGAAUUGUUUACUGGAUUGCUCAACUUGCUGGCUCCUCUGUUGCUUGCUUGUUGCUUAAGUUCUCCACUGGUGGCUUGGAAACAUCUGCCUUUGCUCUAUCCGCAGACGUGACCGUAUGGAACGCCCUAGUCUUUGAGAUUGUGAUGACCUUCGGUCUAGUGUACACCGUGUACGCCACCGCCGUCGACCCCAAGAAGGGCAACAUUGGAAUCAUUGCUCCCCUAGCCAUUGGUCUCAUUGUUGGUGCCAACAUCCUAGCUGGUGGUGCAUUCGACGGUGCCUCAAUGAACCCCGCCGUGUCAUUCGGCCCAGCCUUGGUCAGCUGGAGCUGGACCAACCACUGGGUGUACUGGGCCGGACCCCUCAUCGGUGGUGGAAUCGCCGGUCUUAUCUACGAGUUCAUCUUCAUUGGAGGCCAAGAGGCUGCCCCUGCUGAUUACCAGAGAUUAUCUGCUUAAUUAAUUAUGUGAAUCAAAAUUUGAAGAUGGAACUUUGUUUUUUAAUGAGUUAUUUUGGUUGUUCUUGUACCAUUUGAGAGUUUGAAUUUGUGGGGCUCAUUUUAAUCUGACAAUUCUUCAAAUCAUGGUGGUAAUUAAUUUAUAUAAUGUGGGUCGUCUUUCAUAAUCGUCACUAUCAUAUUAUGAGAUUCCUUUAUAUUUAUUGAGUAUAUAUAUGUAGUGGAUUUAAUGGAUAGUGAGGUUUUGGAGGCUACUAUUGUGGAUGUUCUAUUUUUUUUUUUUUUUAAUAAAAAUCAUAUUAUCUUCUA